UUGCCUCAUCGUGGCAAGGGGGUGUAACUGGGCAGAAUGGGCAAAGAACCUCUGGAGUCUUUACUCCUGGCAGGGUCACCCAAGAUGUGAAGGCCAUUCUAUUAUGCUCAGCUAAGAUCUGUAGGUGAACCCAAUCCAAAGUGUGAGGUACCGUGCUGAUGGAUGAAUGGCAUCUGGGUUGUAUGAUGUCAUAAACGGUCCUCUCGAGGAACCAGGCGAAACCUCGUUAUAAGUAGCCUUGUGCCCACACAGGGAGGCUAUGUGGGUGUUGACCUUUUGCUUCCUCCCAGUUCCCUGGUUCUUUUAUGGAAAUUUAUAAUCUCUCUACAAAUAAAGUAAAUAAAAAUAUAAAAAAUGAAGGGUUGGGUUUUUCUGUUGAAAGUACCCAACUAGCCAGUGAAACAAUUCCAAUGGAGCUGUAUCCUGCCCCAGAGGAGGAAACCACCAACCUUGUUACUGGAAGAGGUAACUGUGCAAGCCUGCAACUCACAGACUCUGUAGUAGGGGAGCAGGGAGUACUCACAAAAACACAAUUCACAAAGAAAAAAUCCAACAACCUUGCUGUUGGAAGAGGUUCAAGUGCAAGCCCCCAACCCACCAACUCAGCAGUAGGGGGACAGGAAGUGCUUGCAAAACCACAAAGCACAAAGGAGACCAGCAACCUUACUGUUGGAAGAGGUGUAGGUGCAAGCCCACAACCCACCCCAGUAAGAAGGCUGACAGUACUUACAAAAUCACAAAAGAGAAACAAACGUAGGCAAAAUAAGAGGAGGCUAGUAAGAGCAGCAGAGGCUACCAGGGGAACUAAUUCUGCUCUGGUACGUCGGGCCAAACAACUUCGGUUAGGGAUUCGAUUUUCUUCCCCUGCACUGACUACAGUGCCUAACAGAGUUCGAACUCCUUUCCCAGCACCAGCUUCGGUACGUAAUAGAGUUCCAUCUCCUUACCCUGUACUGGCUGCAGUAUCUAAUAGAGCUCGAACACCUGUGCCGACUGCAGUACCUAGUAGAGUUCCAACUCCUUUCCCUGUAUCAGCUGCAGUACCUAAUAGAGUUCCAAUUUCUUACCCUGUACUGACUGCAGUACCUAAUAGAGUUCCAACUCCUUUCCCUGUAUCAGCUGCAGUAUCUAAUAGAGUUCCAAUUUGUUACCCUGUACCGACUGCAGUACCUAAUAGAGCUCCAAUUCCUUACCCUGUACCAGCUGUAGCACCUAGUAGAGUUCCAAUUCCUUCCCCUACACAGGUUGCAGUAUCUAAUAGAGCGUGGACAGUCCAACCACAGUCCUGUGCCCAAGCAAUGAAUAUGUUAAAGAUGUCCAUUGUGAGAGAUGGCUUUCCAUUGGAGAAGUUAUCUCAGGAUGACAUCAAACAUAUUCAGAUGGAAAUUUUACGUAGAACUGACAUGAUUCCCUCAUGGGAAUUUAUGCCAAAAAUCCAAAGGUCUGUUCCACAUGCAGGUACGCUUCUCGUCCAUUGUGACGAUGCAGAAACCGCUGACUGGUUAAAAGCAACAUUUCAUGGCAAUGAUGAGGUUAUUGGUGGCACUGUACUCAAAAUCUUGAAUGGUAAUGAAUUACCUAAACCCAUCAAGAUAGCGUUCAAGACGAAGGAUGUCUAUACAAAAAAUGCAGGGCUGCUGCUGAGGCGUCUGAACCGGCUAAACCCGGAGUUGAAAUCCGAAGAGUGGCGGUUCAUCCACAAAGUGGAAGAACCAUACACUAUAAGAUGGAUCUUCGAGGUUAACUGGGAGGCUGCCGAGGCAAUCAAGAGAGCAGACUAUGGAGCCUUUACUGGUCUGGAUCGGGGAACGUUCAAAAUCUUGAAUGACCCCAACAUCAAGACCAAGGAAGCCCAAGUGGAGCCUUCUACUUCUUCACAGGAGCAGUUUGUAAGCAGAGGACCUCUCCUCCCCCCAGAUUUCAUGAUAAAAAAUAUGGAGCAUUUUUGAAGCUGCUAAAAUGUCAAAUGGAAUUGAAGCAAAUUAUGAAAACAUAAGUCUUAUUUUAUCCAUCUUACAAAAACUGUUCAUAAAAAUGUACAAGGAUUGCAAUUC